CUUUGACCUGGCUUGUAGUGCGCCUGCGUGACAGGAAGUGAAAAUGGCGAGUCCACAUGGCCCAAACGUUUUGCUUACAGGCACCCCAGGGACAGGCAAGUCCACUCUAGGAAGAGAGUUAGCUCAGAGAGCUUGCCUAAACUAUGUUAACAUUGGGGAGAUGGCUAAAGAGAGGGAGCUCUAUGACGGCUGGGAUGACGAAUACGAGUGUCAUGUCCUGAAUGAGGACAGGGUUGUGGAUGAACUUGAAGAUCAGAUGCAGCAGGGUGGAAAUGUUGUUGACUAUCAUGGCUGUGAUUUCUUCCCAGAGCGCUGGUUUGAUAUUGUCUUUGUACUGAGGACAGAUAACUCUGUCCUGUAUGAGAGACUAGAGCACAGGGGAUACACUGGGAAAAAGUUGCAGGAAAAUGUACAGUGUGAAAUAUUUCAGACAAUUUUAGAUGAAGCCAGGGAGGCCUAUAAAAUAGAAAUAGUUCAUGAACUUCCAAGUAACACACCUGGAGAUAUGGAAGAAAAUAUUGAAAGGAUUCUUUUGUGGUUAGAACAGUGGAAAUUAACACAUUAAAAUAUGAUGUGUAAAGGUUUAGCGUAGUUCAAAAAGAGUAAGAACCACCUUUUGUAUGCCUGGCUUCCUUCGGCCCCACCCUGCCCCCUAUUGAGGGGUUUGGCAACCGCUUGUGCACUUUAGCAUAACUAAAGCAUAACUGAAGAAACUGUGCAGCCAACAGGGCAUUGGAAACUGUGCAGCCAACAGGACAUUUGAAACUGUGUACAGCCAACAGGGCAUUGGAAACUGUAUGCAGCCAACAGGACAUUGGAAACAGCCAACAGGGCAUUGGAAACUGUGUGCAGCCAACAGGACAUUGGAAAAUGUGUGCAGCCAACAGGACAUUGGAAACAGCCAACAGGACAUUGGAAAUUGUGUGCAGCCAACAGGACAUUGGAAACUGUGUGCAGCCAACAGGACAUUGGUAACUGUGUGCAGCCAACAGGACAUUGGAAACUGUGUGCAGCCAACAUGGCAUUGAAAUCUGUAUACAGCCAACAGGACAUUGGAAACAGCCAACAUGGCAUUUGAGCAAUGCCAAUUUCUCUGUUGUUAAUAUUUUUAAGCAGCUUUAACCCCAUUUGCAUAUGAAGACUUACGUUUAAGCUUGUUAUUUAAUUUUAUUUUCUCUGAGUCUGCACAGUAAGGAUUUUCCAUAUUUUUAGUACUGCAUUUAUUUCCAAAAUUGUUUUUACCUUAAUUCUUGGAGUUGGGUUGCAAUUACAUAUAGGUUUAUGUAAAUUGAGGACAUUGUUAUGAAGAGUAUUUACUAUAUUACUUGGACAAUAUUAAAUAUAUUUCAAUAAAGAUGCAUCGUAUGUGAGUUAAUUAGAUACAAAUGAUUGCCUGUGAGUGUAUCUGAUUCAGUACAAUUUUUACAAUAGGCUGCUAGAUAUAUUUUAUGCUGGCAAGGUUGUUUGGUGUAUUAAACGGUUUUGUGUGUGUGUGUGUUUAUCAUAUAAGGAUACUAGGUCUUUGUGCCUUUUUGUGCAAUACCAUAAACGAUGACUAUUGUGUAUUUGUUCAUCUUGAAAUUGCUUUCUUCGGUUGUAUGACAAAUGUAAAACCCUUCUAAGCCAGG